CGGCGGGGGCGGGAGCAGCGCUGCUGGAGCAGGUCAGCCCAGUCAGCCCGCGGGAGGCUGAGAGCAGCAGGCGGACGGAGAAGCCCUCUCCCCCUCGUCUGCUGCCACUCUGGAACCAGGCAGGGCAUAAGCAGGAGCUCUGGGUUCCAGUGGGGCCGGCAGCAGCCUCUCGCUCCUGUCAGGGGCUCCCUGCUGUCCCUGUGUGCAGAUGGAAAGCCUGAGCACCACCGCUGCCCGGGGCAGCUCCCUCUGGGCCCUCCUCCUGGCCACGCUCGGCUCCGCUGCCAGCCGGCCGCUGGGGGGAGAGGCUGUCUGCACGGCCCGGCCUCCGGCCAAGUACAGCAUCACCUUCACGGGCAAGUGGAGCCAGACGGCCUUCCCCAAGCAGUACCCGCUCUUCCGGCCGCCCGCACAGUGGUCCUCCCUGCUGGGGGCCGCGCACAGCUCAGACUACAGCAUGUGGAGGAAGGACACCUACGUCAGCAAUGGGCUGCGGGACUUCGCGGAGCGUGGGGAGGCCUGGGCCCUGAUGAGGGAGAUGGAGGCCGCGGGAGAGAAGCUGCAGAGUGUGCACGCGGUGUUCUCGGCCCCCGCUGUCCCCAGCGGCACUGGGCAGACUUCCACGGAGCUGGAGGUGCAGCCCCGGCACUCGCUGGUGUCCUUCGCCGUGCGCAUCGUCCCCAGCCCUGACUGGUUUGUGGGCGUGGACAGCCUGGACCUGUGCGAGGGAGGCCGCUGGAAGGAGCAGGCCUCCCUGGACCUCUACCCCCACGACGCGGGGACAGACAGUGGCUUCACCUUCUCUUCCCCCAACUUUGCCACCAUCCCUCAGGACACUGUGACUGAGAUAACGUCUUCCUCUCCCAGUCACCCAGCGAAUUCCUUCUAUUACCCGCGGUUGAAGUCUCUGCCCCCCAUUGCCAGAGUGACCCUGGUGCGACUCCGGCAGAGCCCCAGGGCCUUUGUCCCUCCUGCCCUGGACCUGGUCAGCAGGGACAAUGAGAUCGUGGACAACCUCUCAGUUCCAGAAACGCCGCUGGACUGUGAGGUUUCCCUGUGGUCAUCCUGGGGACUGUGUGGAGGCCCCUGUGGGAAGUUGAGCACCAAGAGAAGGACUCGCUAUGUCCGCGUCCAGCCGGCCAACAACGGGACCCCCUGCCCUGAGCUGGAGGAAGAGGCUGAGUGUGUUCCUGAUAACUGCGUCUAACCCAGAGCCCGCGCCCCACGACCCAGGUGGCCUCGGGCUCGUCAGCUCGGGCUACACAGGGCACCCAGGAGGACACGGCUGGCGGCUGAGGCCAGGAAGCCACAUGCCACCCACUCCCGACCGCAGAGGGCCCCUGGUGGAGAGUGGGCGCGGGGCGGGCACAGGCCCUUCCUCGGGCACGCUGGCCCGAGGCUGUGGGUCCGCGCUCUGGAUCACGUCCCUGUAAGGUCUUGCUGGGAGGCCACCUCCGCAGGAACACCCACCCCAACCGGGCGGUGGGAGAGGCCACGCCUGGAGCCCCCCCCCGAGCCCCGUGCACACAAGGCUGUGGAAUACCUCGCACCCGGAGCCCCAGGCCACCCCCCCCCCACUCCUGGGGCGCCGCUGCCACCUCGAGCUGCUGCUGGCAGGGAGCAGGGUGGCCACACGAGAUAAGGAGAGGGGCAGACUUGGACUUGGUAUCCUGUCGCCACCUCUCUGCAUUGGAAUAAAGGCUCUCUGU